AUCCCCUCCAUACAACACCAACGAUGGCAGACAAAGAAAUGGACAGCGCAGCCCCUCCUAGCUACGAGUCGCUGCAUCCAGCAGGUACCUCCGAUGCAAAAGGCGACUUCAAAGAUGACAAGAGCGAUGACUUGCUCACGGAUGCUGGUCCAUCUUCCUCCUCACAACUGCAUGCCCCACCCGGCGCUGCAAAGGUGAUGGACUGGGAGGAAUAUCGCAAACGCGAUAUCGCCUGGCCAAGGGGACCUCGGCUUCGCACCACCGCAGUCUACGGCCUUUAUUGCGAGAGAAAGAGCCUUUAUGCCCAGCCACAUACGCUUAAGAUAACAGAUUACAAUGGCGGUAUCUUGUUCCACUUCCUUUUCCCUCUCCAACUGCUCGUUCGUCCAUCUGAUCCUUUCUUCAAGAGAUCUCGACACAUCUUCAUGGUGUCCGGUGAGCAGACCACAUCGAAUCCGCGUGCCGAGACAAAUGUGCCUGGUUCUCGUUGGCAGAAAGGUCCACAGCCGUCGCCUGAACAGGGCUACGUUUGGACCACUUCGCUCCUCUCGCAGCCUCUCGAAUUCAGAUGCGCCGAUGAUCGAGUCUCGCGUGUCUGGCCCGCAAUUUGUACCCACAAGGAGCAGAUAGACAAGCACGACCUGGAGCCUCACCGCCGAGAUCUGGUCAAGUUCAACGUGCCCACGUCUCGCCAGUCUGACACGACUCGCACGUUCGUCUGGAGUAGUUCCGGUCUGGUGCGGAAUCACUCUUGGUCGAGGUGGGACGAAGUCAAUUACUGCUUGUAUGAAGAUGGUGACAUGACCAGGAUCUAUGGCAUCUUUCGAUGGCAAGAAGGUUCAGCGAUCGACCUCCGUGAGAUUCCCGACGAUCUGGAGCAUUCUCUAAUCUUCUUCGCCCUAGGCUACCUUCUCCUAAUGCAGUCCGAUAUGGCGUCGACAUGGCCACCUCGUGGACCCGAGCAGGCUCGUCCCGACCCACCUCGAUUCAGUGUCGCAGCUUUACGAGAAAAGGUUGCUGAGUUAAUGUCAAUCGAAUAG